CUCUCCGUCUAUUUGUAUAAAUUGAUUUCAAAUCACUAAGCCGCGCUCAGUUGUUAUUGCGCUCAGUGGCUGGAAAGUACAUCAUGAGAUCGUAUAUUGUACUUGCUUUCAUAGUGGGCACUUUGUUGUUCGCCGCGACAAAUGCGCAGCAGAACUAUGAUGGAAGAAAUGGGCCCCAUCAAUUCGGAACACCUGGCAAUGGCAUUUACAUACGGGGUCAGAACGAAGGACCCUACACAGUGCCCGGAGUGGAUGGCAUCUUUCAAAACUCAAAUGGCCAACAUUCCUACACCGAUGAGCAGGGAAAUACCUACAUACAUUCCUCAACGGGAAAUGCCCACACACAUUCCCCAACGGGAACUGCCAAAAGUUUGGCCUCUUCACCUUUGAGCUUCAGCAUGGGUGGCGUCCUCAUUGUGCUUAUCAGUCUAAUGACCAUUUAAAGGCCGGCUCCAAGUGCAAAAAUUCGUCAGCGGGAAAUGCCCAUACACAUUCCUCAAUGGGAACUACCAAGAGUUUGGCCUCUUCACCCUAGAGCUUCAGCAUGGGUGGCGUCCUCAUUGUGCCUAUCAGCUUAAUAACCAUUUAACGGCCGGCUCCAAGUGCAAAAUUUUCAAUUAAUUAAUUUGACACAUUGUUUUCUAGUUCGCUCCCACGAAAAUUUUUCUUUUCAAUUGCUUACAUAAAAAGACUAUUUUUCUUUUAAAGUUUCUGCACAUUUAUUUAUUUGCUAUUUCUUUUGAUCACCUUUCUUUGCUUUAGAUUAUACACAAAUUAUUUGGCUAUUAAACAAGAAAUAAAAUAAUACAAA